AUGACUAAAAUAGAAUCUUUUAAUAAAGAAUAUGUUUCCCCUUGGUGUAGACACAAAAAUCAUCUAUUUAAUGUGCAAGAUAGAGAAGUUAGAGAUAUUUUUAAAAAAGGACGGAAACAUGGCACUUCGAGUAAAAAAGAAACCCAAAGGCAGAGUUAUAAUGAAAAACAUACUGGUUUUGAUUAUGACCCCUCAAGAUUUGCCGAUAAAAAAUAUGUUAAUAAUUAUUUAAAAAAAGGCGAUUUUAAUAAGAAGUUAAAUGUAGAACUUUUCGAUCCUUACAAAUUGCAAACCCAGCAUCCAGCAGCCACGUUGCAUCGAAUCAUAUCUAAAGAAAAUCAAAUCGAAAAAGAAGAAGAAACGACGUCCGAAUAUUUUGAUGUAAAAGAGACUGAAAAACAUUUCGCUGUCUAUGAGAUUGGGAGUCCUGAUUUGUGGUACACAGUUCAUGUGCAACUGUAUGAAAAAUUGAGUACACCGGAAGGAAAAACUAUAUGGAAUGAUAUCACAAGAAACGAAGUAGCUAGCGUCAGUACUCUACAUCCGGAAUGGAAUAAUGAAGAUAUGAGUAUACGAUAUCGACUUGCAAAAUGGGUGUCACGGGAUGAGUUCUAUUUACCUAAAGCUGGACUAUAUUUACUUGUACCUAUACGUGACACAAACGUAAACGAUCAGACAAACUACGCGGAGUCAAUAAUUGACAAAUUUGGAGAAUACCUGGUUGUAUCCAGUGAAGAUGUUAUCACUGUAAAUGACCCAAAAAAGGACGAAGUAGGUAUUUCGUCUCCCGCAACAAAUAUAUCGCAAAGAAAGGCACCUCGUCGUGUGCUUGUUCGUGGAUCAAGAGCGUUUAUGGGAGGAGUUGCCGAAAAUUUAAUAUUUGCGAGCAGAGGCUCCGAUCAGUACAUGAUGAUACCGCAUCGACGUCCGCAUCAUUCGCAAAUUGAUGUCGAGGCUCGGGCAGACGAGAACCAGCUUGUGCGUAUUGGGGUGACAGCACGAGAUUGUGGCCCAGGCCUGCUGGAUCAAAUCAAUAAAGACAGCACUCAAGAAUUUAUGAUUGGUCCUGUUUUGUUGCCUCCAAAACACACUCACCGAUUCCAACUUGAGUUACCUUUCGAAAUUCUUGGCGACGUUACACAUUGCUCUGUAUCGUUAUUAAACGACGAUGACGAGUCCGUGGCGGUAAGAGGUGUUGCAAUUAAGAAAGAUGACCGAUGUUUCUGCGUUUGGCACUGCGAUUGUGUUUGCUUAAGUGAUGAUCCCAAAUUAAUUUGUCGUGAAAUGACCGAGUCCCGACAGAUAGCCGCUGGACUAUCGCUACUGGAACGGCCACGACACGUCCGCUCCGUCUGCUACCCGGAUGACGUCACAUUGAAUACUGUUGUCAUUGUCAUAGGCGUCCUUGCCGCUUUGUUGACUCUUGGUUUAAUUAAAGCUGUUCUCGGCCUGGGUCUAAGAUGUAUUGCUUCAUGGGGCUUGGAGCGAAUUUUGAAAAUGCCCCGAAAGCUCGAGCACUAUUACGAAAGCUCCCUACGAUAUCGUCCUGUUAUUUAUGACAAUGAAGGUUGGCCUGUCCAUCCUGAUACGAUGAAACGAAGCAUUCGAUAUAUCAGCAAAUACAUGGAGUUUGUCUUGAAUCUAAUAUUUUUCAUCACUAUACCUUGCGUGAUUGUUUGUGACGCUUUAAGAUUCCUUAUUUCAAAAUGUCGAAAUUCCAAUGAGACCGUCCAACCAAAAUCAAAACCGACUGAUAUUGACAAAAAUGAGUACAGUUCGCAAGAGUUACAGGUUUCAAAUCAACAUUCGAAGAGAAGAUGUCAAACAUUGCGCAAGUGGAUGAAGUCGCAGGCUGACGAGUUGUCAUCCGAUAUUUGGCAGAAAGGUCUCAGCAUACAAGAAGCGACCGAAUUUAAUUACGUAAGCGUUUUAAAAUCCUUCAUGCGGCCUCUCCUACGUGAAGAAUGCUUACGAAAAUCAGAAGAUUUGUUAUCAUCCUAUGCCGACUCAGAACAAGAUGAUACAGAAUACGUGCUCAUGCAGAUGCAAAAGAGUAGAGAAUCACUUGCAAAAAGUCAAAGAAAAUUCACUGACGCAUCUUCUAAGAGUCACUGGAACGACGAUAAUAUAAUACCGAGUACUAGUAAGCGUUGA